GAAAUGCAUAGCUCCUCAUAUUCCAAAUGGUAACUACACACCUCACAGGAUUAACUACACAGCUGAAGAUGAAAUACAAUAUGAAUGUACAGAUGGCUUCUACCCUACAACCCAGGGAACUGUUGCAAAGUGUACAAGUACUGGAUGGAUUCCUGCUCCAAGAUGUAGUUUGGAACCUUGCGAUUUUCCACAAUUCCAAAAUGGAUAUUUAUAUCAUGAAAACAUACGUAGACCUUACUUCCCAGUACCUAUAGGAAAGGAGUUCAGCUAUUACUGUGACAAUGGGUUUUUGACACCUUCAGGAUCAUACUGGGACUACCUUCGUUGUACAAGACAAGGGUGGGAGCCUGAAGUCCCAUGCCUCAAGACAUGUUUAAAGUCAGAUAUUGAAAUUGAGAAUGGAUUUCUUUCUCAAUCUGAUUCUAAAUAUCUUCAAAAUAAGAAAGCACAGUAUAUGUGUAAACAGGGAUAUGUGACAGCAGAUGGAGAAACAUCUGGAUCAAUUACCUGCCUAGAAAAUGGAUGGUCAGCUCAACCCUCAUGCCUUAAUUCAACAAAGAUAUGUGGGCCUCCUCCACCUAUUGAGAAUGGAGACAUCACAUCCUUCCCACUACCAGUAUACAUCCCACCAUCAUCAGUUGAUUAUCAGUGCCAGUAUUUGUAUCAAAUGCAGGGCAACAAAACAAUCAUAUGUAUGAAUGGAGACUGGUCAGAGCCACCAAAAUGUUUACGAAUGGCAUGCAAACCUCCUGAUAUUCCAAAUGGUAUCUACUCACCUCAAAGGGUUACCUACACAGCUCAAGAUGAAAUAAAAUUUGAAUGUAAAGACGGUUUCUACUCUGCAACCCAGGAAACUGUAGCAAAGUGUACAAGUACUGGAUGGAUCCCUGCUCCAAAAUGUAUGAAACCUUGUGAGUUUCCACAGAUUAAAAAUGGAGGUCUAUAUCAUGAGGGGAGACGAAGACCCUACUUCCCAGUACCUAUAGGAAAUGAGUACAGCUAUUACUGUGACAAUGGGUUUUUGACACCUUCUCUGUCAUACUGGGACUACCUUCGUUGCACAGAAAAAGGGUGGGAGCCUGAAGUCCCGUGCCUCAAACAAUGUGUUUUCCAUUAUGUGGAGAAUGGGGAAUCUUCAUACUGGCAAAGAAAAUAUGUAGAGGAACAGGCUGUAAAAGUCCAGUGUCACAAUGGCUAUAGUCUUCCAAAUGGUCAAGACACGAUUACAUGUACAGAGAAUGGCUGGUCCCCUCCUGCCAAAUGCAUUAAAUCGUGUGAUGUGCCUAUAUUUGAGAAUGCUGGAACUAACAAUGAUAGCACUUGGUUUAAACUCAAUGACAAAAUAAUCUAUGAAUGUCAUGUUGGAUAUGUGAACAAACAUAAACAUACCAAAGGCUCUAUAACUUGUCAUCAUGAUGGAUGGUCUGACAUACCCUCAUGUUAUGAUUCAACAAAGAUUUGUGGGCCUCCACCACCUAUUGCCAAUGGAGACAUCACAUCCUUCCCACUACCAGUAUACAUACCACCAUCAUCCGUUGAAUAUCAAUUGCCAGUCUUUAUACCAACUGCAAGGCAACAAGACAAUAAUAUUAUAAAUGGAAAUGGUCUGAUCCACUUGAAAAUGUUUACAUCCAUGUGUAGAUCAAUACAAUAUGAGGAGGAAGCAUAACAUAACUUUCAUAACGGAAGAAAACCAAAGACUGUAUUACCAAUCAGGGGAGAUGCAAGAAUUUAAGUGUAAAAAUGGACAUCAUCUGGCAACAACUCAACCGUUAAUUACAAUAUGCAUUAAUGGUCACAUCAAUUACCCUGUUUGCACAAAAUAACAUUUAAAGUAUUAGUAGAAUUUACAUAUACAUCUUUGUUCCAUUAAGGUGCAUGUGUACUAUCAAUACAGUAAGAGCUUUACUUUUGAACUCUUGCUUAACUCAUUUUCAUUUAUAAGUAUAAGUUUGUAUUGAUGUAUGAUGAUUAAAGCUGGAAACUAAGAGACUAGCAGACACGCAAGGAAAAUACACUUUUUCAAAGCUCCUAAAACCAAAACAUAUAUAUAUACUAACUGCAAAACAAGUUUACAAUAAUUAGAUAUUAACUUCUCUGUCUUUUAUCACUAAUUUCCUAAUCUUUUCAAAGCUUCUGCUAUACCUAUGAAAUAAAGCUCUGAAAUUCUAGUGAACAUAAAACAUGUUCUCAGUCUUCAAAACUGUAUCAUUUCACAAAUAUGUAAGAAAAUUAUCAUAUUUAUAUUGCUAAUGGACUAUAAAUACGGGCUGUAUAUUGACUUUGAGUUGGUAGUACAUAAGUUGAGGAAUUUUGUGAAAAGAACAUCUUAAUGUGUAACUUUUCAUUUUUAAUUUUUCAAGCAAUUAUGCACUGACAAAUUUUUAAUUACAUGUAUGAUUACGUGCAACUAUCACGAUGGCACAAAACCUACCGAACGUUUGUGCAACUUACGAGACAAGCAGAGAAAGCAGCAUACUCUCGUCAAAAACAGGAAAGAUACAUGUUAAAUAAAAUAGA